AUGGCUAUCACUAACACGGUCAUCCCAUUAUGCUACGACCACGCAACAUUCCCUUGGGCCAUCCCCAAAUCUAGCAUCACCGACUAUUAUAUAUACCAUGCCUACAAGGUCGCCUGUAAAGCAAUCUGCGACCCCGACGUAACCAUGUCCAUCAUCUACAAUACCCUUUCCACGACCAAAGCGCAACAGAUCAUCGACAAUAUGUCUAGUAUGGUUGAAGAGAGCGACAUGGCGCGACAGCAGGCGUAUGGAAAAGACUGGUAUUGGGACGCGGGUGGAGAUCAGGACGAGCAACUUAUCAAAUCGGAGACCACGUGGGAAGAAGAGCGGUGUGUGAAGAUCAAGUUGAACAAGAGAAACACCUGCUGA